UUUUUAUUGGUAUAAUUCAUUUGCUUUAAACAUAGUAAAUAGUACUCGAUAAAUUAAGUUUCCCUUAGCUGCAGCGUAUUGGGAUUUUCAGUCGUGACGUAGCCGUGACGUCACAAGGCCAAGAUGGCUGGCCUAUUCCUGAAAGUUGUACGCAAAUAUACGGUCUGAGAUGGUUUAUCAUGCCUUUUAAACGCGUGUGAUAAAAAAAUGUACCUAAAUAUAAAAGAAAUAUGUGCAUUUGCACAGUGCACCUCUUCUUUAAGGAAUUUCAUGGAAGGAGAAAAUUUGUUGUGCUGUGGACACUUAUUAACAUGCGGGAUAACCGCUCAAGAUGAUGACAAAUGGCAUCGAGUUCGGAUCGAGCCACCGUGCGAGACGGACGUGUGUGCCCGCUGCUUGUGUUGCUUAAUUGUUCCAAGAUUAUACCGGCUUUUUGAUACGGUGUUGCGCGGUGGUGGAGGUUGUGACGAGAAGUCCUUUUUUGGGAGAGUUUUUACUUUCUCUUAGUGUUGCCCCCCCCCCCCCCCCCUCGGAGGGAGAGCACGGAAUAUUUUUCGUUAAUUAAGAUUACAUGGAUACGACGGACUCGACCACGCGACGCGCACGUAAUAGCCCUCGUUCUUCUGACGAUGACUCGGUGAACAACUCGAGCAAGAAAAUCCGCACCUGUAUGACUGAGCAGGAAUUUGACAAUUUCUCACAGGAAUUUAGGACGUCGGACUUGUUGGAUGUGGAUCGAAUAAGCCAAAGGAGCCAUAAUUCGAAACAGCAAAGGGAUAAGGAAUUGCGUAAGCGACGCAACUUAACGGUCGAUGCAGGUAUUCCAACACCUGAGGACGAUAUGGAGGUGGAUAUUAACACCUCCGCGAGCCUUGAGGAGACUAGAGGUCGUGAACUUUUCAUAAACAAAACGACUUCGAGUAAUAGUAAUAUUGAUAUUGUUGCCGGUGGCACGCAGCCGUCUUUAGGUGAUCACGUGAGUGACGUGAACACGCCACGCGUAAAUAGUGUGGAUGAUCCCCUGUUGCCUGACAAAGAAUCUUAUAUCAUUUGCGAUUCCAUUUUGAGAAAAUGUGUUCCCGGUAAUUCUAUUGACGUGCAACGAUUUGCGAGAUAUGAAAUCAUAAGGGAAUCGCCAAGAUUAUUAUUCGCCUCCCCCCCCCCCGACCAAACCACUACGACAAAAGGUAGGAAUCGUAUAAAGAUGUGGAUGUUUCUUAACGAAUUGCAUAUCUGCUCGACAACGCUGUCAUGAUUAAUCAUUUCUCAGCUGAAAUAGAUUUUAAGGAUUUCUCUGACGCUAAUCGUGCUCUAGACAUUAUAAGAAAAAUCAAUGAGCCGAAAUUAACAGCUCAUUUGGAGCAACGCGCUGUUAUUUGCAAGGGAGUUAUUUCGGACUGGCCCUCAAGUAUUUCGGAUCUGUGGGACGUGAUUCAGGAUAAAUCUGGUAUACUCAGAUUGGACAGGAUGUUCCGGCGGAGGUAAGACCCCGAGUCCCAAAAAUCGUCGCUAGUCAACACGGACAAUAUUAUCAUCACAUUUAAGGCAAAUAAGACCCGUAACCUAAAAAUUUUUAGAAAUGGAGUGGGACUGAGAGACCGUACGUACCGCCUACACGCCAAUGUUUUAACUGUUUUAGAUUUGGCCACACUAAGAUAGCAUGUAAAAGCAAAACUCGGUGUAUCGUCUGCGGUGAUAAAUCCACGGGCAUUGUGACAGACCGGUGCGCUAUUAUAAUUGCGAAGGCUUUCAUAAAUCUACGUAUAGAGGAUGCCCAUUGCAUGAAAAAAACAAAAAUAUUAACAUUGCUGUGGCACAUAAUAACAUUUCAUUUCAUAAAACUGUGCGGUUGGUUGUGAGAAGAGCGUCUCCUGCAAAGCCACAAGAUAGAUUUGGAGACUCUAAGGCUUGGCCAAUACUAUCGAGGGAAACGGAGCCACCGAAUAAUGCUGCAGAAGUUGGAAAUUUAAGACGAAACCCUACUCUCCGCGACCCACAAUCUGCAGAGACGAGGGACAAUCUGCCUCGUUUUAGGCCGAGAAGUGCACCCGCCUUCGGGGCACAUUGGGAAUUAUUAUGAUCGCUUUGACAGCCGUGCUGAGGAGAUAACUAAGGAGAAGAGGGGCAUAGCCCUGCUUGCGGCACAUAAUGGGGCUUCUUGGACGCAAGUUGUUAGGGGUGAUCAAGAAGAUAAUCACGGAGGCUCAGACCCUUCUCACGACCUGGUUGGCGAGGUAUUGAAUAAUAUUCUGCAACUACUGCAGAGAUUUCCGGAGGCAAUAGAAAUUUUGACUAGCGCACUUAUGCAUACUGAUAGACGGGAUCAGUUGGAUUACGGUGGAAGUGAAAAUAACCUUUUAGCGAGAAGAGAACUGAACAGAAAUAAGGACUUAGGGAAAGCUCUGGUAAGAUAUGGGAGGCCUGGGACCCUCCCCGCUUUAUAAUUUAAUCUCCGUCUGUGGAAUGGCCGGGGCUAUCAGACUAAUAGAGAUGAGCUUACGAAAAAUAUUUUAGAGUAUGAUAUUAUGGUGCUUACUGAAACCAGAUGCUCUGGUCUCAAUAAGGUUUUUUCUCCAAUUAUAAGACAGUCAAUAGUAACAAUCGCCUCGGCAGUGGGGGCGUGUCAAUUUUCCUUCUUAAUCACUUGGAGUUUGAAACUCUCUCUAUCCUUUGGACUUUAUCGGUGGGCUAUGAUGUUGUCGGCGUGAGAACCAAGAACUUGAAUCAAAAUCUAAAUAUAGUCGCUAUCUAUAGGCACCCUAGUAAACCUAUGACGAGACGUGAUCUUUUGCCCGUUUUUCAGGCAAUUAAUGGUAACAAUAAUGACUCGAUUAUAUUGGGAGAUAUGAAUGCCCACAAUGUCGCCUGGAACUGUCCAACUACAAAGAAUAGGGGCGAUCUUUUAUAUGACCUGAUGAGUGAUGAGGACUUCAUAUGCAUAAAUACAGACACUAAGUCGCGACAGGGCUCUCGUGACCAGCGCGAUUCCAACCUGAAUCUAAUGUUCGGUUCGGAGGGUAUCGUCGACAGAGUUUUCUAUCGACAACUGGAAGAGACAUGGGACAGCGAUCAUUUUUUCAUCUCUUUUUCCUUUGAUGUUUAUCCUCAGUUGUACAGAAAAAUCACUAAUAGAUUGUCUACUGCAAGGACAGACUGGUUGUAAUUCAGCACUUUGGUGGAGGGCGAGGUUGUUGCCUUCUUGCUCCCACAUUGUGAGCUUUUCAAGGUCGAUCUGGAGAAGUACUAUGAUUGCUUCGUGGAAAUACUGAGAAAAUCCGUUUCUAUUGCAUCGGGUAGACGACGUGAGGAUCCUGGACCUCCUCCAGACGAUCCCGACAGGCGCAAGAGAUCGCAUAAGUGGUGGGACGCUGAAUGUGACGAGGCGAUUUGUAGCAGAAAAUCUGCUUUUUUUACUUAAAAGAGGACAAAAAGUAUUCAUGACUGGAUUGAGUAUAAGAGGACCAAGGCGCUGGCCAGGCGGACCUUUAAGGCAAAAAAGAAAGCUAACUUUGAGAGAUUUUGUAGCGAUAUUAAUUGUUUUACAAGUCUCAGCUACGUGUGAAACACGAUGCGCAUUCUCAAGAACGCUAGAAAGAAUUUGGAAUGGCAUGCUUGGCCCACGAAGAAUAAAGAGGAGGAAAUCAGAACCUCCAUUGAAGGAUUGGCUCCCCCGUUUGUGGGGACUGAUCCUGCUAUGGACUAUGGCGGUGGACACCCCCAAUGUGGUCUGGUCUUCGGGAAUGUUGCCUGCGGAAUGGUUGAACUACCAGGUAAUAUUUAUCGACAAAGUGGGACGAGAAAAGGUACGCCCCAUAUCACUUUCAUUGUGCAUCGGUAAAUUGAUGGAAAGAAUGAUCAAUGAGACUUAUCUGGUGGGCAGAAAAGGAAGAGAAGUUCAGUACUUCCCAGAGCGGUUUCCGCAGAGACAGAUCCUGCGCAGAUAAUUUGACGAGAAUUGUGUCGGACAUCAGAGCCUCUGUUUGUGCUAGGAAAUAUACCCUUGCGGUCUUUCUCGACGUUUCGUCUGCCUACGAUUGCGUUGACUUCCGCAUAAUGAUAGAUAAACUAAUAGCACUUGAUUGUCCCUCCGGUAUUGUCAAGUUUAUUAGCAACUGACUCUACCGUAGAAAGGUACGAUUUAUUGUUAAUUCUCCUGAAUUUAUAAUUUAAUACGUCUUUAAGGGACUCCCGCAAAGUGCUGUUCUUAGUCCUGUACUAUAUUCCCUGUUCACGCAGGGUAUUUGUGCCAAUCUUCCUGAGGGUGUCGAGGGUUGUUGAAUUUGCCGAUGAUAUAGGGCUAUACAUAUGUGGUCCAAACCGGCACCGGAAUAGAGUGCUGCUCCAGCGUGCGCUUGACAUUGUUGCGGCACGUCUGCGUAAGAUUGACCUUGAUCACGAGCCAAAAAAGUCUGUAUUGGUGGAGUUCUCCAAGAGUGGCUUUGUUGAUAGAAACCUUAGCAUUCGUGUGGGAGAUUGUGUGGUGCACAAUAGCAACGGAGCUAGGUUCCUGGGCAUUUGGCUGGACAAUUGUUUGAAGUAUGAUCGACAAGUGGCAGAAGUUAGAGGAAUAAUAAACCGAACUAAUUCUGUUAUAAAGUACCUCUGUAAGGUGUCUAAAGGUAUGGAGGUCAACACAGCCCUCAUGCUGGUAAGAUUCAUUACGGAUUAUGGGAACUUUUUCUACUUUCCCCAGGGAUACUGCGCUGCAGUUGAAGCUGGAAAGAUCCCAAUAUCUAUUCAAGGGCAUUCGUACUGCCCUUGGAUAUAGAAAUAAUACAGCAAACAACGUUAUCGUAGCAGAGGCCAAGGUGAGGCUGCUGAAGGACCGCGCUGCUCUACUCGGCCGCAAUUUUAUCAACAAAUCUAUUGCCUACAAUCAAAGUGGUCUAUGCGGCAAGUUACAGCGGCUGCUAGAUUGCGAAAGCUACGCCCAAUUUCGCCAACCAAUGUAUAGGCUGUCGCUCCUUUCGGAGUUAUGGAGGGGGGCUCGUUCGUUCAUUUCCACAAUCGGUCCCCCCAGAAAAUUUGAAAUUUUUCCGGGCACAUACAGUGCUCACACAUUCAAGCCCAAGGUAAAUUUUGCAAUUGGCAAGGAGAGAAAGAGUGAUAGGUUUUCUGAUCGAACAUUGGCUCGAAAAGUGAUAGAUCAGUAUGAUCUGAAUGAUACCCCGGAAAUUAUUUUUACGGAUGGAUCGUAUAGUGAAGACUCAAGAUCCACAGGUGCCAGUAUGAUCAUCUGCGACCAAGAAACAGCGCAGAAGAUGAGUCUACCUUAUUUGUGCUCCUCAUACACGACGGAGGCUUUCGCCGUUAAGUCAGCCCUUCAACUGAUGAAGAUUCAACACAUAGACAGAAAUAAAGAUAUUGUUAUUUUCUCAGAUUGCAAAUCUGUCCUACAGGCUAUAUAUAACAAUCAUCUUAACGUUCAUAAGAAUAAAUAUAUUACGGAGGCCAGAAUAUUAGUAUAUGAAUUGGAAUAUGAGUAUGGUAAGAAUGUCGUAUUAGUGUGGAUCCCCGUUCAUGUCGGAAUUGCCAGCAACGAAUUGGCUGACGUGCUGGCCAAGGAGGCUGCCAGUGAGGAGGCUGACGUACCCCUCCAUUGAGACUCCGAUGGGGGAUCUCAUGACGCGCGCUAGAAGGGAGACGUGGGACGCCACACAACUAUUGAUUUAUUUGCGAUUCUGCGCACAAGGGCGCUUUUUACUUCGACAAUUUUUACGAUCGGCAAGCGGUUAGACCAUGGUUCCGAGAGGUUAACGCGGAGAGAUAUUUCGUCACUUUAAUCAACAGAUUGAGAGCCAACCACUAUAAUCUCGGAGCUUCUUUGAGGAGGAAGGGUUAUGUUGACGAUGAAAGGUGUGAAUGUAGUUAUGAGAGGGAAGACUUGCAACAUCUGCUGACAAGAUGCCAUAAAUACGAUGCUCAGAGAAUUGACAUGGAUGUAGAGUUAAGAGCUGAGGGCUAUUUGGUCGAAAUGGAUAUUUGUCACCUCAUUAAAACCAAGAAUUGGGAUAUUCUAUAUAUUAUUUUCAAAUGUUUAAAACAUAUUGACAAAGUCAUUUGAUCACUAGAGGAAAAGUAACUUAAGUUCAGUCUGCAUUGUUCUAAUUAUUUUAGGGUCUAAAGCACCGUAAUAGUCCUCAUCCGAGGACGCCUGAAAAAAAACCCCUGACAAAUGGCAUUUAACUGCAUAUUGCCUUCAAAUGUCAGAUGUUAAAAGUACACCUCACAAAAUAAACAUAGUAAUAGAGAAAUCAGGGAAAAUAUCAUCUGCAAAAUGCAGUUGUAAAACAGGGAUGAGUGCAAAAUGCAAACACACGGUUGCAGUUUUGCUAUAUUGUAAUUGACAUAAUGUCGACAAAUUUGAGAAUAUUUCCUGCACCGAUAAAAAAUGCAUCUGGAACGUUCAACACAGCGCGGCUGUAGAUGGGUAUAUAAAUCUGCACCUCUGGAAGAUCACAAUUAAGUGUUUUAAUAUUUGUGAGAAGAAAUCAACUUUGAUUGAUGAGCAGAUAAACAAUGUCAAAAAUAGAUUAUUUACAAUCCCAUCAGCGUUAACAAAGCACAUGUAUGAUAAAAAAAUUUCAUUACAGUGGUUGCAUGAAAAAAAAUUUUAAUUUGUGAUUAUUUUGUGCCCGGGCGUGACCCGUUAAAUUCAUUAUCAUUACUUGAAUAAUUUGCAAUUUUUUAUUACUAUUUUCCCCAAUUGUUAUCAACUUAUUGUUAGUUUAUAUAGGACCUCCUUUCAUCACAUCAUGUUUUCUGUAGAGUUCGGACGGUGUUGUGACACCCCAUAUGGUGUCUCCAAUAAAGAGCGUUGAACUCUCCCUAGGGAAUUCGCCUGCGACAGGUGAAUAUCUUGCAAAAGAUCUUGAAGUUCCGAAGUCUCCUGCGGUUGAAGUUUCCUUGACUUCUUCAUCAACGCUAUCUUUCAACAGUAAACCAUCGUCAACGAAAACAGAUGCGACUCCGCCGAAUAAAGCAUUAAAAUUUAAUAAAUUGGUCCCUCUUCCGUCAAACAAUAAUAACAAAAAUACAAAACAUUCUAACAAUAAGAAGAAGAGGUCUCACCUCACAAAAAAGAAGCAUGCCCGUAAAACAAGCGAUAAAUUGCGCUUAAAGAAGAAUUUAGAAAUGGAAAAAGUAAAUGUUGGUGAUUGCUUGCAAAAGCUAACUGAAUUAGUUGAAAAGUUAACGAAUCAACUCAAACAAUCAAAACAGUCAUGUGAAAAAUUUGAGGCAUCGGUAAUGCAAUAUCUCAGCACGAUAGAGAGCAACUGGAAGCAGCUACAGAUAAUUAAAAAAAGUACAGGUGCUCGUACAUCAGCAGUCGACAAUGAUGAAAACGUACAUCUUGAAGACAUCAAUAAAUCACCGGUCCCGGGGUUCAUCCGUAAAAAUGGCAAUGAAGAAAAGAUACACUAUGGCCAGAAUAUUUGGAUAGAUAAAAUGACCUAUGACAAUGCCGUGUUUGAUGCACAUUUGGACGUGAUGUUUAUAAAGAACAUGGCUCUCGCUAUUUUUGGGGAUAAGAAACUAAAAAGAUCGAGCGUAACAGGUGCAUCAUCCAAUCGCACCAAGAGUAAUCCGAAGCCUUCGCUGAAUCUCACAAAAGCGCUUGCUGUUCGCGAUAUAUUCAGGUACUUCCUGGAAUUAUAUCGUCGUUAUAACAAGCACAAGAUUGAAGAAUUGGUAGGGGAUUACCAAACAUUCAUAAGACAAAGAAAUCUCUGACAUAAACAGAGUCACAAAACGCGUCGCGAAGACGACAA